UUUUACUGUAUUAGAUACCUUCGUACAUCAAAAAAUAACUAAGAAAAGAGUACGGGGGAGAGAGAUACCUUCUAAUUAGAAGCUAACUAUUUCACGCCUCUUUUCUCGAAUUCACUCACAUCAAAAAACCAUGGUUACAUGUAGCGACCGAUUUGAAUCCAAAAUUUCACUCAUUGGAAGCAGAGGAAAUCAUAAGAACAAAAUAAGAGGAAAAGAAAUAAUUUUCACUGUGGUUUCCCUUUCUCCUCUUCAAAUUAUACAUACUAUCAAAUGAGGGAGAGACUAUUAUUAUUAUUUUUUUAAUUUCCUUUCCCUUCACAUUUCCAAACUCCAAACAAAACAUAAGAUCUAGUCGUCAUCGUGUAACCGGAUCUAGAGUAUCACCGCCCUAAUCUGGCGGGAAAAACACCCUCCCUCUUGGCGGGAAAGGACACCUAAACCCUAAUAUAACCCUACUCGCCCAUUUCCGCGGGGAAAAUCCCAACGGCAUAACCAUUCCUCUUCUUCUCGCAGCGAAGCGAGGCACAGUGCCGGAGAAAUCGAGUCGAGAGAACGAUGGUAGGUAUGCCGUACGAUUUACUGGCUAACCCACUCGGAGCCGUGCGAUUGACAUUCCAGAAGGCGGUGGACUCCGGCCACUCCGGCGAGGCCACUCUCGACGGCAGAGACUGGGGCGCCGCCGAUCUCUUCCGCCAGUUCCUUUUCAACGACGGCGGCCUCUCUCAGGUGCCAAUACUUAAUGCUGCAAGUGUCAGGACAAUUCCGCCCAACUCUCUAGUUCGGUUCAGGGGAAUGAUACAGGACAUGCUGGGUAAUGAAUUCUAUGUUGGUGCCUAUAAGGAUGGAGGACGGUGGAGAACCAACAAAUUCACGGAUGUUUCUCAGGUUCCUAUGGAUUUGUCAAGUGACAAGCGGGUCUGGGAACGCCGCCUGCUGUAUUGUGUUCCUGUCCCAUGGUUGAAUUCGUGGACUGAACCUUCUUCAGAAGUUCUGCUAAAUAGAUGUGCAAGUUCGACAUCCCCACAAACGGAGAAGCGCCAAAGGGAUGAUGACGAAACCAUCGACCACAUGGAUAUGGAGGUGUUGGAUCAUGCGUUCCAGGGUUCUCCGCCUGCAAAAAAGAUGCGAGGUGGACAUCCUUCCCUUUCUUCUUAUUCACAUGAGUGUAUGGCUGAGGGAACUUGUUCUAGCACGAGUAUGGUGCCUGAUUUUGAAAGUAGUUCACUUCCUUGUCUUGUGAAGAUAUAUGACUCUGCCGAAGAUGACUUAAAGCUCAAUGAUAUUUUUGAGUUCAUUGGAGUCCUCACUUUUGAUCCUGAGGCUACAGCAGCAGACAAGGGAGAUUCUGAUGAAUUAGAAAAUAGAUUUUGCGAAGAAGAAUCGGUUCAUUUGCCUCCUAGCAAGGUACCACGCCUCCAUUGUCUUGAACAUCGGAAGCUCGGAGUUCAUGACUUUCUUUCCAUUUCCCCCGUGGUGGAGCCAAAACCAAAUCAAGUGAAAGAGUUAAGGGAAACUCUGCUGGGUCAUCUUACAGCUAUUCUUGGAAAUGAUGGGUUGGCAGCUGAGUUUAUGUUGCUACAUCUUUUGUCCAAGGUGCAUGCAAGGGUGGACACACUAGCUGUGGGGAAGCUUUCACUAAAUCUUACUUGCUUUAACAAGGAAAAUACAUCCGUUUUUGGCAAUAGUCUUAACCUAGCAGUCAAGAAUCUUCUACCCAUCACACAUUCUAUUCCUCUUUCUGUUGACUAUCUUAAUACUUCUACACUUGCCCCAAGAAAAGAUUACGAAACAAACAGAUUGAUGUCCGGAGUACUGCAGCUAGCUGAGGGCUCACACCUUACAAUUGAUGAGACCCACAUACAAGCAGGGACUCUUACCUCUGUUGGGGUUGAGAACGCUAGAUUGUUAAAGAACCUAAUGGAAUUGCAAAAAGUGGAGUAUGAUUUUAAGUACUAUAAAAUGGAGAUGACAACAGACGUCCAAUUGCUAGUUCUUUCAGAGGGGAAGUCUAAUAUAUUUCCAGCUGAUAUAGUCCUUCCUUUACGCCCAUCUUCUGUGGGUUCCACUGAAAUGUUGGAUUCAGAAGCACUGAAAGCUUGGAGAUGGUACUUGGCUAGUCUAAGAUCAUUGCCACAUACAAUUGAGCCACAAAUGCAGAAGGUGGUAGAAGAUGAUAUGGUUGCAGCUAGGCAAGCAAAUCGCACCUUAGGCAGCCAAGAUUUUAGCAGGUGGUUGACGAUGGGCCGUUUGAUGUCUGUGAGCUUUGGUGAAACUUGUCUGUCAUUGGAACACUGGCAAAUGGUCAAGGAACUUGAGAGGCUAAGAAUGGAGAGGCUCCAGUGAAAGCAUGUCAUCACAUGGCAUGGAAGAACAAAAGGAGUUGUAUAUUAAGUGUACUGUAGUUUUUGUGCCUCUAUAACGCCUUUCAACGAGAAUUUAGGUUGCGGACUUUUAACCGACCGCUGGGUCAUUCGAGGGUGCCAUUUUGUUUUUAUUGGAUGUUAUUGGUCUUUGCUGAGAAAUGUGAGUGGCCCUGAAAAAUGAUACCGUAGCGGUUGUUGAAUGUGUUUCUAAAUUCCAGUUUUCCAUGAUCUUCACAUCAUAGGAUUGGGAAUGAGUACAAGAUCAUCAUCUGUCCAAUGUCUAUCUUCUUAUUUCAAUGCAAUUCUAUUGUUAUA